UCUAACGAAUUUCGGUUCGAGUUCGCCGUUUGGGCGCCAUUUUCGAGUGUGGCAGCCGCCGAGCCGCCGCGGCCAGCCCGGUCCCCAGCACCGCUGCCGCUCCGAGCCGCCCCGGCCGGGGAACCGGCGGCCGCUCCCCGGGGCAGGGGGCCGAGGGGAGCUCCCCCGAGGAAGAGGAGGAGGCGGCGGGGGUCGCUGAGGCGAAAAGGAGGUAGAUCCCUUCAGUAGUUUGAUUGCUUGGAAUUGAAGGGGAACAGCCAACAGAUAACCAUGGCAAGCAAGAGCACCAAAACAUCCACAGCAGCCCAUCAGAAGGGCAGGGAGCCUUUAGAGGAUUCCACCAGUGACAUGGAAGUGGAAAAACAAGGAAACGGACAGCUUGGUGAAGUACAACCACAAGCAGUCUCAAAUGAGGUGCCUGACAAUCGAAGUUUAGAAGAGAUUUUGGGUAGCAUCCCUCCUCCCCCACCUCCAGCAAUGACCAAUGAACCUGGUGCUCCUCGUCUCAUGAUAACUCAUAUUGUAAACCAGAACUUCAAAUCCUAUGCAGGGGAGCAAAUUUUGGGACCUUUUCAUAAGCGUUUUUCAUGUAUUAUUGGGCCAAAUGGCAGUGGAAAAUCCAAUAUCAUUGAUUCAAUGCUUUUUGUGUUUGGGUAUCGAGCACAAAAAAUCAGAUCCAAAAAACUCUCUGUGCUGAUCCAUAAUUCUGAUGAACAUACGGACAUCCAGAGUUGUUCUGUGGAAAUCCACUUCCAAAAGAUCAUUGACAAGGAAGGAGAUGAUUAUGAAGUCAUUCCUAAAAGCAAUUUUUGUGUAUCUAGAACUGCCUAUAGAGAUAAUUCUUCUGUCUAUCACAUUAAUGGAAAGAAGUCAACAUUCAAAGAUGUUGGUAUUCUUCUUCGAAGUCAUGGAAUUGAUCUGGACCAUAACAGAUUCUUGAUUUUACAGGGGGAAGUUGAACAGAUUGCAAUGAUGAAACCGAAAGGCCAGACCGAACAUGAUGAAGGCAUGCUCGAAUACUUGGAAGACUUGAUAGGGUCUGCACGACUGAUAGAACCUAUCCAAACUCUGUGUCGCAGAGUAGAGAUUUUAAAUGAACAGAGAGGAGAAAAGUUAAAUAGAAUUAAAAUGGUGGAAAAAGAAAAGGAUGCUUUAGAAGGGGACAAGAAUAAAGCCAUUGAAUUUCUUUCUUUGGAAAAUAAAAUGUUUAAAGAAAAGAAUCAUAUCUGUCAAUACUACAUCUAUGACCUACAGAAACGAAUAAAUGAUUUGGAAAAGCAGAAAGAAAAAACACAGGAAGAAACAAAAGAUAUUAAUGAGAAGAGCAGCAAACUUGCAGAUGUAAAGAAAGCCAAGGAUAAAGCUUUAAAAGAACUCGAAAAGAAACUGAAAAAAAUUACAACGUUUCUGGAGGAAAAUAAAACAAAAUUUACUGAAUUGGACUUGCAGGAUGUUAAAGUAAGGGAAAAAUUAAAACAUGCUAAAAGCAAGACUAAAAAAUUGGAAAAGCAACUUCAAAAGGACAAAGAAAAGGUAGAAGAACUGAAAAAUGCAUCCUCUAGUAGUGAAAAAAGUAUCAGCGAUGCAACAUCCAAGAAAGAGCUUCUUGAAAAGGCAAAAAUCGAAGAAGAAGAAAAACUCAAGCAGGUUAUGAAUAGCCUUAAGAAAGAAACAAAAGGAAUUCAGGAAGAAAAAGAGGCCAAAGAGAAGGAGCUUAUGGAGUUUAAUAAAACGGUGAAUGAAGCACGUUCAAAGAUGGACGUAGCACAGUCAGAGCUUGAUAUCUAUCUCAGCCGUCACAACACUGCUGUGUCUCACUUAAAUAAAGCAAAGGAGACUCUGACAUCUGUCUGUGAAACUCUUAAAGAAAGGAAAGCUGCUAUCAAAGACAUAUCUGCAAAAUUACCCAAAGCUGAACAGGAAUUAAAGGAGAAACAAAACAGGCUUGAGAAGCUGGGAAAAGAUGAAACAGAAGUGAAGGAUAUUGUUCUAAAUCUGCGUCAAAAAGUAGAAGAAGCCAAAAGUUCUUUAGCACAAAGUCGCAAUCGAGGAAAAGUGCUCGAGGCUCUGCUUCAGCAGAAGAAGUCUGGAAAUAUUCGUGGAAUACACGGAAGACUGGGAGACUUGGGAGCUAUCGAUGAAAAGUAUGAUGUUGCUAUUUCGUCAUCUUGUAGUGCCUUAGACUACAUCGUUGUCGAUACAAUCGAUGUUGCAGAGGAAUGUGUAAAAUUCUUAAAGAGAACAGGAAUUGGAGUUGCCACAUUUAUAGCCUUGGACAAAAUGGCUGUGUGGGAAAAAAAUCUUAAAAAAAUCCCAACCCCUGAAAAUGCUCCUCGGUUGUUUGAUCUGGUGAAAAUAGAAGACGAGAUCUUUCGCGUGGCUUUUUACUUCGCGUUACGUGAUACCCUAGUAGUUAAGACCUUGGAAGAAGCUUCCAGAAUAGCCUUCCAAAAAGAUAAAAGGUGGAGGGUUGUAACAUUGAAAGGGGAAGUCAUUGAGCAAUCAGGAACAAUGACUGGUGGUGGAAAUAAAGUAAUAAAGGGCAGAAUGGGCUCCGCGGUUAUAAUUGAUGUUUCAGAAGAAGAGAUCGGCAGAAUGGAAGCUCAACUGCAGAAGGAUUCCAAAAGAGCAGAACAGUGUGAAGAAGAGAAAUUGCAGCUUGAAGAAGAUGUACCAAAACUACGCUGGAAUGUUCGGGAAAUGAAAAAUACUUUAGAAAAGUAUACAGCGAGUAUCCAGAAUUAUUCUGAACAAGAGGUUCUUCUAAAAGGCCAACUUAAGGAACUUGAAGCAAACGUAAUUGCUACUGCUCCGGACAAAAACAAACAGAAGGAAUUGGAAAAAAUCCUUGAUGGUUACAAAAAAGAUUAUGAGCAUGUUGCUGAAAAAGCUGGUAAAAUGGAAAGUGAAGUUAAAAGAUUACAUAAGCUCAUAAUUGAUACCAGUAAUCAAAAACUUAAAGUACACCAAGACAAACUUGAUGAGAUCAACAAAGAAAUAGAUGAACAUACUUCAGCUAUUACUAAAGCCCAAGUGGCAAUCAAGAGCGCACAAAGAAACAUGAAAAAAUCUGAAGAGGCUGUUCUUCGCACUGAGAAGGAACUUGGAGAUAACGAGAAAGAAAUUAAAGACUUAACAGAAGAGCUGACUGUGCUAGAAGACAAAGCCACUGAGGUUAUGAAUGAGCGCAAGCAAGCUGAAGAAGCACUGCCAGCAGUUCAGGAGGAGCAUCGCGGUUUACUCCAGGAGAUAGGUGCUAUUCAAGAGGAUGAAUAUGCACUUCAGAAGGAAGCUCUCAGUAUAAAACUUAAAAUUGAACAGAUUAAUGGUCAUAUUUCUACACACCAAUCAAAGAUUAAAUACUGGCAAAAAGAGAUAUCAAAAUUAUCACUGCACGCCAUAGAAGAUAAGCCACCUGAAGAACUUCCAGUGCUCAGUCAAGAAGAGCUUGAAGCUAUCAAGGAUCCAGAUAUUAUCACUAAUCAGAUAGCUCUGCUGGAAGCUCAGUGUCAUGAAAUGAAACCAAACCUCAGUGCUAUUGCAGAAUACAAGAAGAAGGAAGAGUUAUACUUGAACCGUGUGGCUGAAUUGGAUGAAAUAACCAACAAGAGAGACCAAUUUAGACAAGCUUAUGAAGAUCUUCGGAAACAAAGGCUAAAUGAAUUUAUGGCAGGAUUUAACGUAAUAACAAAUAAACUGAAGGAAAACUACCAGAUGCUUACUUUGGGAGGAGAUGCUGAAUUGGAACUUGUAGACAGUCUGGAUCCCUUCUCCGAGGGAAUCAUGUUUAGUGUUCGGCCUCCAAAGAAAAGUUGGAAGAAGAUAUUUAACUUAUCAGGAGGAGAGAAGACUCUAAGUUCACUGGCUCUAGUUUUUGCACUUCAUCAUUACAAGCCAACACCGCUUUAUUUUAUGGAUGAGAUUGAUGCAGCACUUGACUUCAAAAACGUGUCUAUUGUAGCAUUUUACAUCUAUGAGCAAACAAAAAAUGCACAAUUUAUCAUCAUCUCCCUGCGAAACAACAUGUUUGAGAUUGCAGACAGACUGAUUGGAAUAUACAAGACUAACAAUACCACAAAAAGUGUGGCAACCAACCCAAAAGUCAUUGCAUCUAAAGGACUGGCUGAACCUCCGCAGUGUUGUACGUAAUAUAGCUCCAAUGUAGCAUGAACAAAAAACUUCCCAGUGUCUAUUUACAUUCUUGUUGCUGCUCAUUGUCUUUUCUAAUAAACUUUUGUAUAUUGAGAUUUUUUUCCUCUAGUUUUAAGGCUUCUAUUUGAGCUUGUUAAUAAAACCAGUCUCUAAAUAAAUUCCUUUAUCGUUAUUA